AUGGACCGUCGCGAGGACCUUCCUGGCCAAGACACUCUCCCUGAAGCGGGCUUGCAGCAGGUUGUGCUGUUGGGUGGUCUCUCACCAGUAAAUACGCCUGAGAGCUGGCGCUUUCUGGAGGUGCCCAGUGAAGCGCGCCCUGGGUUGACGGAGCAGGCAAAUCAUGACCCGACAAAGCCGCUCACUGCUCGGACUUCGCGAAAGCGCAAAGUUGGUCGUCAGAAGAAGAGCAUCGAGACGAAACCAUUCGAACCAACUGCCAAUGAAGCCGCUUGGAAAGAAGCUGCUGAAGAUGUCAUCGAUCGCUUUGACAGACUCAGAACACUACGAAAUGAAGCUCUCGACCUACGCGACCAAGCGUCUUAUAAUGCGCAGCAAGUGGAGCAACAGCGUCGUCUUCUGCAAGUGUCGCAGCAGCAGCUCAUGGACGACUUUGUCGAGGCCAUGAGUGAAGUCCAGCUUUUGCCGAGAUUGGCCAAGAUACAGCUCAGCUUCCAGGCCGUGCUCGACGACUCUCGGUCACUCAGCGAGCACUCAGCGACUUUGCAAGCCACGCAGGAUGAAGUUACUGGACUUAUGUCGAGAUUGGACACAGAAGAUCCCAGCCUCAGGGAUGCUGUCAACGGGCUUCGUCGUGUUGUGAUAGGAGAACAAAUCCCUGACACGAUACAGUCUACACUCAUGGUCGACCAGGCCUCUGGAGCGAAUCGUGUCGAUGAAGUCCAUCCCGUCCCUGAUCCACUUCUGACCUGGUUCCAGGACUGUCUCGGGGAAGUUCAGAUCAUGCGUGAGCGACGUGGACGGCUGGUGUGGGACCAUACAGAGAGCGUCGUGCACCGGAACUUCCAAUCUGAUCAUGAGCACCCGGUCGAGCCUCCGGACGAUGUCUUCGAAGAGGAGUACCGGUCGUCAUUAGAACAAACGGAAAACGAUAUAGACAAGGCCAUGCGUGGUCUGGAUCAAGCACGUGAGACUUGCAACCAGAACGGUAUAUCAACGGAGAAGCAUGAGCUUGCAGCAGAGUCGUGGUUUGCGGAGAUGUUACGAACACCGACUGAGGUUCAGAUCACGGAAUCUUUGAUGGACUUAUCUGAGCUGGAUCUGGAAGAUAAGGAAGAGAUCCUGACCCCUGAGAUGGCAAGACUCGCGACCAUCGAUCCCGAAACAUCUGCUCAACGCACUCAACGUAAAGACAACGCCAAAUUGAGGAUCAAUGACUGGAUAGAUUUAUCUGUCGACCAGGCUGCUCCUACCGCGCAGGAGCGCACUGCUGAUUUCCUUGCACGAGUGGCAGCGGUACAGCCAUCCAUCUUGUCCACACGAUCUUCACCCACCUUGGUACCCGCAGGCGGGACCUUGAACUCCGACUUCCUUCUCGAUCGAGCUCACAGUGAACCGCAGAUCACUCGUGCAGGCUCGACUAGUACUCUGAGACGACAUUUCUCCGAAUCGCACUUGUCCGCUAUGACUGAACUCUUCCUCACUCGCCAAGAGGCCGUAGACGAGCUUAGGGCAGCAAAUCUUCCCUGA